GCCGAUAGAGGGCGAAAAAGUUCCCGUAUAUUUUCCUAGGUUUUUGUUAAAUCUUUGUUGCUUUUUACAAUACAAAGUUAGUUCUCCAACAAUGAGGAGACAGUAAUUUAAACAAGACAAUAGGAGAUUCAUCCUUCAUACACCCUGGAUUAUAGAGAAGCAAAAGAAUGAAGUAUAACUUUUAUGUGUAUGUAACUCAUUCAUUUUAUUGUAUACAUGCCUCUAAAGGAUUGUCAUGAAGACAAGAAAAAGCAGUCAACAGGGCAUGGCAUCAAAAGUUUUUGGAACUCCAAAGAAGACAAUAAUUAAAGUUGAUGAUGAAAUAGAAGUGCUUAUAAGAGAAGUUACUGAUGAUAUGAAAGAAGCAGAAGAAUUUCGGGGCUUACUUGCACAGAUGGACAGUUUAGACAAUGAGGACAUAAAUAUGCCAGAAGACUGUGAUGAAAAGGAAUGUGUUUUUUCUUCAAAUCUAGCAAAUGAGAACUCUUUAGUUGAGAGUAAUCGAAAACUAGUGAAAAGUAAAUCAAAAGAUGUUGAAAUUCAUAAUAAUACUGAUGAUAGUUCAUUCGAAAUUGUCCAGAAUGAUCAUCCCUAUUCAGUGACAAAAGAAAAUAAGAAAUGCAAAAGGAAGACACCUGAACCUCCCUGUUUGUGUUGUGUUCAACAAGCACAGAUUCUAAGCAGAUCAGAUGGUAUUGCUUUAUCUGAUAAGGUGUAUAACACAGAUUCAAAGUAUAAAGUAAUUUCACCUGUAUCUGAUCACCCAUGUGGGGUUUGUACUGGGAAGAAAACUCGAAAACUUAACUCAUGUAAUUCUGAAAAUGUUGAAGAUUCAAAUUGUUUAGCUAGAAAUACAAUUACCAAAGAAAACAGCAUAUAUAUGGUACCUGCUUCUGAAGAAACUUGUCAGAAUCUUUUAGUAUCACCUUCUAAGAUGUAUAAAAAGAUGCCUAGCAAAAUUAACCUUAAAAGUGAAAACAACAAGGAUUCUAAAACACAAGCUUCUAUUAAUGAACCUAAUGUUUCUUCUAAAUUUUGUGUGUUGGGAGUAAAGGAAGAAAAAAUUGAUUCUGAUCUUGAUGAAUUGCAUGGCUGUGCAAUUGGAGCUGAUUCAGUAAAUAUUAACUCAAAAAAAGACAUUUCAUCUUCAUCAGAAGAUAGCUCAGUUGUUGCCAAUUUAGUAAAUGGUGAUGUGUUACUAGCAGGAGUAGUGUCUAAGAUUCAGAAAAAAUUAGCAGCAGAAAAAGGUAACAUAACAUAUAAACAUUCUUUCUCACAUAUUGGAAAAGAAUCUAAGAAAGAGUUUUCAAUGAGUAUACUUAGGAAAAAUUUAGAUGAUCAAAUAUCUAGCUGUCAUACAGCUUCUUUAAUUGAGGAUGGCUGCACUGGUGUGUCUUCAUCACUUUCUAUCCAAAACCAUGUAGAAAGUGAGUCUGAAAGCUCUUUUUUAUUAGAUGAUAGCUUGUCAGUGUGUUCUGAUGUGCCUCAUCUUACAGAUCUUAAGUCUGUUCGAAAAAGAACCAAAGGAAGGGAAAUUGAAAAACUCUACGAGUCACUUCGAGAGAUUCCUUGGGCUCAAGAUUGGAGCCCUGCAGGACUUAUUAUGAAAGACAGUAUCAUUCGUAGGUCAGAGAAACAGUCAUAUACAGACCCAAAAGUGAAUUAUAAGCAUUCUGUGUCCACAAACUCAUUAUUGAGACGGGUUCAACCAACAAGACAAAACACGAGUCGAAGUACUGAUAGAUCUCGGAAGCAGCAGCAAAUUUUGAAAAAUAAAAGUAAUAAGCAGUUUUGCAGGGACUUUCGCACUUGUAAACUUUCUCCUCAAAAACUCGUGAAGACCUUGAAAUACAAAGAUAUACCUAAUUCUGUGAAACUUGUAUUACCUAAUGAAAGAUCCAGAAAACAUCAAUUGAUAUUUAGUAAGGAAAAAGAAGUUAAAAAAUGUAACGUAGAUAAAGUGGAGCCCAAAGGAAGUCAUAGCUUGGAAACUAUAAAAAAUUCAAAGUUCGUGUCAGUUUCUAAAGAUCUAGGAAAACCAGGUGUAAGAGAUUUGUCUGAUAAGAACAGCUUACAAAAGUAUGAUAAACAAAAGGUUACCAGAGACAGUAAGAAAAAAACAGCAAACAGAGUGAAUGAAAGUUUAUGUAAACCAUUCAAAAUCAUAAAGAAGAAAAAAGGCAAAAUAUGUCAUAAUACCCAAAUUAUAAACUACAAAAACAGUCUAAGUAGUCAUUCACAUGAUAAAGAUGGUUCCAUUCAUAACCAUUUAAGAACUAAGUCGUUAAAACUUAAAAACAAGAACACUAAUUCCAAAUGUUUUAAGAAAAUCCCAUUGAUAUUUGAAAAUGAUGAAAGUAGCUCUAAGUAUCUUAAAAUAUCUUUGAAUGUUGAAAAUAACAGUGGCACAAAACAUUUUAAAAAGUUAUCUUCCACUAAGCCUGAAAACAGUGACAUUAAUCCAAAACAUUUAAAAAUGGUAUCUGAGCCUUCUGUCUUGAAGCACAAAAGAGCAAACUCGCUUACAUUGAGGGAAGCAGCAAAACACAAAGGAUCUCUAUUGAGAGUUGCCCUUCAUCCUUUGAAUUCAACUGAUUUAUUUGUUCAUCAGGAUGGAAGUGAGGAAUUCAGUGGUUUGCUUAAGAAGCAGCAUGCUUUACCACAAGGUAAACCUGUUGCUUCCAUGCUCCAGGAAGUUCAGAAAUCUAUUAUAGACUCUAUUGAAGUAGAAAGGUUUUCAAAAAGAAAAAAAGCCUUGGAAGAAGAUUGUCUUCGAUUAAGUAAAAGACAGAGUGAAUGUGCCUUUAGAUAUAGAGAGAUUGCUGUGAAGAAGCACUAUAACUAUAUUCAAAUCAUUCUUGUGCCAAAUACUAUUCGAAAAAAUUCCUUGAAUAUUGAGUGUCUUCGUGAAUUGAAAGAGGCUGUAGUUGCAGCAAGAAAAGAUCCAAGCUGCAAGGUGCUGCUAAUAAACAGCUAUGGAAGUAUAUUUUGUUCUGGCCUUGAUCUUUCUGUUCUCAUUGGGCUCCAAAAAAAGCAAGUAGCUGAGGAAUUAGCCAUUGGUGUGAAAGAACUACUGCAGACACUUGCAUCUUUUCCUAAACCAUUAGUAGCUGCAGUAAAUGGACUUGCAGUUGGCCUUGGUGUUACUCUUUUAACCUACUGUGAUGUUGUUUUUGCCAGUGACAAAGCUGUUUUUUUCAUGCCUUAUUGCAAACUUGGUUAUGUUCCUGAGGGGGCUGCCACCCUCACUUUGCCACAGGUAGUGGGAUCAACUGUAGCGGCAGACAUGCUUAUAAGAGGAUGUCGUGCCACUGCUCUUCAGGCCCAAUCUUUUGGGUUAGUGUCAGAGGUCAUCUGGCCAACAAGAUUAAUGGAAGAAGCUGUACCUCGUGUUCAGGCUAUUGCUGCCAAUCAUUCUCAGGUGAUGGAAGCAACCAAAGCAAUGAUGCGCUGCCAUCUAUGGGAAAAACUGGAAAUGACAUUGGAUAAUGAAGCCUCAAUUUUGCCUAAGCAGUGGUUAACUCCUAUUUGUCAGCAUGCUAUGAAAGAAGCCACAGAAAGUGGGAUGUUGUGGGAAUAAUUAGUAGCUAAAGGAUUUUUAUGCAACUUUUUUGUUUUUUACAGUAUCCAUUGUUAAUAGUUUUCAGUCUUUAAUUUUUAGUGUAUAAUAUCUAUUAUUAACAGCUCUUAUUAUUUCAUUGUUUUUUGUGUUCUCAAAUGUAAAUUUGUUGUUACAAUCACAAGUGUAUGUGUAAAGUAUCUCCAUGCAAAACAAGUUUUUACAUGAAUUUAUCGGAUUAUGUGUAGACAUGAUAAGAUCUUAGAGUAUUGAUUUAUAUUCAUUAGAAGAUAGUAAAUGAUUUUGCUUAGUGUAAGAGGUAGAAUUCUGUGUAAGAAACUUACACUUAAAUAAGGUAGGUAUAUCUAUUGAAAGAAAAUAAGUUGCCCUCAUAGAAUUUUAAGUAAGUAGAAGUGUGGUAUUUCAAAAUCCCCACAAUGUUCUAUUGUUACAUUGACAUGCUCAUUUUAAUUGUUUGUUAUUUGGUACAUACAAAGUCUAACCGAUAUUCACAUUCCUUUUACUUGAUGAAGUGUUCUGAACAAGUCUUUUAUUUCUAACCUCUACUUCCAUAAAGAUAUUGUACUGAAUUCUUGAGGAAUAUAUAUAUAUCAACAUAAUUAAGUAAUAGUAAAUGCAACUUACUUAUGACUUCUCAUUUAUUACAUAAAUAUCAAAUUGUGUUGAUAAAGGAAUUCCAUUCCUCUUUGUUGUAACAUUAGUAUUUCCAGUAACUAGACUGGAUCAAGGAAUUUAUUUCAAUACUCAAUUACUUAUGAACAUCUAAUUGAAAUUUUAGAGUCAUCUGAAUUUACACAUGAUCAUUCAAAAUUUUCAAGGUGCAUUAAUUUGCUCAUCAAAUGAUUGUUUACCCAUAUUUGAAUAAAACCUUCCUUUGAAUACUAAUGUGUUGUGAAAUUUUGAAUUUGUGAUAGUUUUAGUGUAUUAAAUUGUUCCAUGAGUUAACAAAUUAUACUGUACAAAAGCAAAACAAUUUUUGUAUUCCUUGUACUGCUUUUAAGAUUGAUGUAAAUCUAAUUUCUUUUUAAACUGUGGAUCAACACUAUUAGGCUUUAUUAACAGAUUUUUGUAACAAAGUAAUUCCUUAUCUUUAACCUGGUGCUCUUUAAUUUGUUAAUUAAAGCAUUCAUUGAGAAAUAUGUAAUGAGUAGUAUUUAGUAAAGAAUUUAUUUUGAUAAUUUCUUACUUAAUGGAAUAUUAUUUUAGUGACAAAAGUUGUAUAAAAAAGGUACACUGCCUAAUAUCUGUGAUGUUCAAGCAAGUUGUUCCAUCUCUUUCAAACACUAUUUGAUUCCAUUAAACAUAGAUGUAUUGUUAAUUUUGGCACAUUGCCAACUACAGAUCUACACACUUGUGUGUGUCAAAUGAAUUGCUAGUUUUGGAAUAUUGUAUGUUGCAAGAAAUGUAUGGAUCAGUGUUGACUGCAUUCUGGUGUAAGUAAUAAAUAGUGUUGUGAUUAAUAUGAUAGAAGUUAAGGAGAACAGACUUAUUUGUGCUAUUUUAUGUGAUUAUGAACAUUCUGACAAAAAUGUUCUAGCUAUAUAAGUCACAUAAAAGGAUAGAUAUCCAAAAUAGAAAAAUAUUGAAAAAAAAAGUAACAUAUCAGUAUUAACCAAGUACUGUUUCUAACAAGCAUAUCAUUUUCAUUUGUUAAAAUCCUAGUUGAUGUUAGAGAAAUAGGUAUUGUAGUUUAAGCAUAAGCUCAUGUUUUAUGUGAAAAAGACAUAUUGCUGUCACAGGUUUAAUAUAAAAUUAUGUAGCUUGAGUGUAUACACUUAUAUGUCCAAUAUUGAUAUAGAUUGUUAACAAAGGUAACAUUAUGAAAAAAAUGGGCUUGUAUACUUAACUGGUACUUGUUCAGAACUAAAUAUUUGGUAAGUUAAGCUUUCAUGCUGUUUAAAAGGAUUCGCAGACAAGGUGUACACAAAUUGUUGAUUCAUUUUGCAAAAUAAAACAAAAAACAUCUUAAGGGAAAAGCAUUUCGGGUGCUAUGAAUGCAGUAUAAAUUUUUUUCCUCUCUUCAGUGAAAAUGCUUAUUCUUUUGAACCUCCCACAUGGUCUAUUUAACACCCAAUCUGCUUGUCAAUGAGACUGAAUUUGUGGGAUUGAGUGGGCUACAGAAGGGUGUCAUGAUUUCUAGUAUUCAAGUUAGAACACAAAAAAAAAAAAGCUUGAUCUGUUAACCUCAAAAACCUCACUUUACUGCCAAAAGAGCCUCUCAUUGAUGUCCAUCCAUGGAGAUGCAGAGUUUUGUGUGUUGCAGACCAGACCGUGUUUCUCUUGUACAAAAUAGUAGACAUCUUAUAGUAACAAGCUUCAUUGAGCCUUCCUCAGCCAUUUCUGUUGACAGAACUCAAGAAAACGGCUUUAUUGCCCACUACGUGUGGUCACUACCUCGUUUAGGAUAUGGGUUUUACUCCCUCAUAUCCUGGAAACUAGUGCAAAUCUGGCCAUGCUGGUGGGCAAUUAAGAUUACAGAUAUUGCAAGAUCAAAUCUGUAUUCAGAAUUUAAAAACAAAAAAAGAGUACCAGAGAGAUUUGUUUCAGAAUCAACCCACCAAACAUGCCCUCCUGACUCGCAGACUGGGUGUUAAGAAUUUUUAAAUUUUCAUUACAGUUUGUAUGUGUUUGUCAUGGUUUUGUAGGAAAGAAACCAUUAACAUUUUAAAGAUUUUUGCAGGUACAAAGAUUGGUAAAAGUAGAGUUCUUCAAGAUAUAUCUACAGACUUUCUUUCUUAAAGCUUCUCUUGUUUAAUUAUUGUGAUGAUAGCAUAAAUGUGUUUCAAGUUUUAAAAUUUGCAAGCAAAUUAAACUAGCAACGUAGUUCCCAGUUUAUUUUUCAUUAUUGGAAAGUAAAUCAAAUAUUUUUUUAGUCUGUGUCAAGAAAUCACAGGUUUAAUAACAAUAUGUCAGCCAGAGUUUAAAGAAAUUAAUGAAGUGUUUUAAAAAUAAAAAUGUUUUCUUUCUCAUAGUUUAUAAUACAAUUAGUAAGUCAAUAUGUACUGCACUUGUGAUUAUUCUGUACCUACUACAGACUGUCAUACUUUUAUUUUUUCUUAUCCAAUAUUAAAAUGAAUGAGAUACUGAAAUAUGGACAGAACAGUAAUAAAUGUUUGUUCUCUGUCACCUACUUCCAUGAAAAGCUUUGUACAGAAAUGUGUUUUGUGUUGUCAUUUAUCAGCUUUUCAAUAUAAUUUUAAGUUCCUUCAGUACUCAGGAAAUUGAAAUAAAUUUUCGAAAGUUGGAAGAUUUUAAUUAUAUUUGAUAUGCUAUUUCCUCUCAGUUAUGAAGAGUUUUAUGUUGCUAUAAAAUAAGACAUAUAUUUUAAAUGUUCUUUGUGAAUUUUAUCUUUUUUUUCCCUUAUUACUUACAAAUUGCAUUCUUGUAAUUUUAAGUUUUUCAGUAAUUUAUCUAUUCUGAUUAUGUAGGUAAAUAAAUACAACAGAAGAUUGAAUUUCACUUGCUCAUGACAGUGUAUAGUAAAGUAUAAUAAAUCUUUUGUGUAAAAUGUUACUUUGAAUAUUUAGAUAGAAUGAAAACUGAAAGCUCACUGGAGUCUUCCAUUUAAUAUGAAUUAAUAUCAGUGGUGGGUUUGAUAGAAAACUACAGUUAAUUAGUUUAUACGGUGUAUGUAUAUAAUACAUUGUGUUAUUUGUAAAGUUAUGGAGAAUUGACUGUUGUUUUUUAAUUCAUUGCUUCAGUUUUAGUUUAUAUUAGCAGUGGGGCAUCAAGCCAUUGCCAUCUUUUUUAAUUCUUCUGUUAUGCUGGGGUUUCUUCCUUAUUAGCAGAGUAAAGAAAUAGUAACUUCUACUUGUAAGGAGAGAUGUUUAAUUUUAGAAGUAAAUUUUAGAUUCUCUAACUGUGACAGGGAUUUAAAUGUGAUACAAUAAAAAUCAUGUUAUGGAGUUUAUACAACAUAAUAAAUGAAGAUAAACAUGUAAGAGACAGGAUUUUUUUUACAUUUCUGGCAAUAAAUAAAAAAAUAAAGUUUCAGUUUUGAGUUGGAUAAAGUAGACACAACUGGUUUGUACACAAAAAUGUGAGAUGGGAGAUAAAAGAGUCUUAAAGCCUUCCAUUUAUAUGGCAGUCAUCUUGUAAUUGAAUACAAAUAGUAAAUAUCUGGAUUACCCAUAUAGAGGUUUUUUUUUCAGGGACCAUUCAUUUAGUACAUUAUAUACAUAUAUAUAAAUGUUGGACAAAUUUAUACAUUUUUAUGUGUGAGGUUGAAAAAGUAGGAAUUGUUUAUUUGUGAAAUUUUUAGUUAUUAUGUGUUACUUUAUAAUAGUAAUUGCAACAAAGUGUCCAUUGGAAGCAAUAAGCAUAUUUUCACAUAAUUUAUUAUUUUCCAGAAUUCUUAAAUCUUAAUUUGCUCUCAAAAUAUUUUGGUUUGAAUUUAACAUUUUCAAGUAAUAAAUGUUUAUUAAUAAUCUUCUAUAGUAAAUGAGUGUUCUUUGGCUGGAGAGCAAAGCUGCAUAUGUAGCAAGUUAUAUUGGGUUACUAGUUGAAAAUAUUGAGUGAAAUUAAGUGUUUCUUUGUAUCAAAUGAAUGAUCCCAUACAUUUGGAUUUUUGAAAUUCAUUCAUUCUUUCUUUAGCUUGGUUAUAGUAUGUGAUAAUUUUGAUUUUACAGAUUUUUUUUUUUUGCCAUGGAUGAAAAUUGUUAAUUUUUGACUAGAGGGUUGCUGUAAAAAUGUAGUAAAAUUGCUUCAACUGUGUUAUCUUUUUGAAUGUGCCAUUGGAAAGUGUGUUAUUGUAAGAUUUUGAUUGCUAAACAUUUUUGCAAGGAAAUACAAAAAAACUAAUGUUUUUAGUUUUUUUUAAUAGUUAAUGUUAUUCAGUAUAAAUACAGUGAUUUAAUGUGUGUUAUCUCUAGGAAAGUUUCUUCUGUUUGGGUUUUAUGUUGAUCUUUACAAAUGACCAGAUUCAACUUCUGCUCAUGAUUAGCAUGGAGAUAAGGUACCAAUUGCUGAACUGGUUUAAGAGCAAGAUAACGUAUUUAAUUAAUUUCAUACACAUUUGUCUGUCUUAGAAUAUCAUUGUAUACUUGAAAAAUUCUUAAUAAAGUUACAUUAACUUUGAAUUUCUUCCAAUA